UGUUCAUUCUCCAAAAAAAAAAAAAAAACAAUAAAAUGGCGAAAGUUGCAGGACUACUGAACCUUCUCCUUGUGGUUUCCGUGGCUCUAGCCUUGGCAGGCUACGCCGCCGCGCAGGCGGAGGGACCGCCGGCGGCCUCCGGCGGGGCGGCCUCAGGCGGGAAAGAAGAGGUGAGUGACGUGAAGAGCAACGUGGAGGUUCAAAAUCUGGGGAGGAAAAGCGUGAUGGAGUUCAACAAGCGCCUGAAAGUGAAGGAGAAUCCUGAGAACGGUGCCAAGAGGCUGAUCUUCACGGAGGUGAUCAAGGCGGAGAAGCAGGUGGUGGCCGGAGUUAAGUACUACCUCACCAUCAAGGCCACCACCUCCGACGGCCAGACCAAGACGUACGACGCCGAGAUGUGGGUUAAGCCCAAUGAGACUGUUCAUGAGAUGCUCGCCUUUGCACCCGCCGCCGCAUAAAAUUGAUGCUUUUUUUUCCGGUCAGUCCGCCGCCGUGGCGUGCGUAGUAGGUAGUGUAGUGUAGUCCCUGGAUAGUUUCCUUCAAUGCCGGAGAUGAAUUGAAGAUGGAUAUAUAGCAUAAUGCUAGCUUCAACAUGUUGCAAUGGCA